AUGAACGCCGAUGCUUCAGAAUCAUCAUCAGCCGUCCGUCUCUUUGGUUUAAUACAGGGCAGUCGUGUAGGAGAUCCCAUAACUGCCAUGUGCAGUCCUCAGAUGUGGGAGGAAAAUACGGCGGGUUCUGGGGGAUACAUUCUGGCGUUAAGUAGCGGCAAUCUUUAUUUAUUGCCAUCGACACUGAACACGUCUGGAACGAUAUUGUGUCGAUCGGUGAAGUGCGCGGCGCCUCAGAGAGGAUCUUCUGAUGAGAGCUUACCAGAUGUGGUUGUAUGCACCACUAAAGGGAAGAUACUUAUAUACUCCUACUCCGUAUCCUCUGGCGGUUACAUCAAUGCUGCAUCUGGAAGUAGCACGAGUAUGAUAUCAGAAGUGAACGGCAUGAAUGAGGUUCCAAGUGGUGUGGUAUGGUGGCAGGGAUGGAUAGUGUUGGCUGGAGGUCGAUCGAGUCGCAGUGGAUCGUCGUAUGUGGCGGUAUCAAGUGUAGAUGGUGUGGUACGAGAAUUGUGUCCGAUUGAUGGGCCGACUAAUUUGACGCUGAUUCCGGAGGCUCACGAGGUAUUAUUAAUCGGUCAAGAUGGUUUGGGUAUCUUCAUAAGUUUGCCGGGACUGAAAGAGCAGAGUCAAGGUGAAGUGCCUCAUCCGGCGGCUCGUAAUAAUAUUCAGUAUCCGCAAGGAGUGGAGUUAUGCCUACUGGGAAGGUUUAUCAUCAGUGCAUCACCGUUGGAUGGCACGGUCGAUAUAUAUUCUAUUUGGGACCAGAAGCUGGUGCAAUCGUUGACUCUUCCGGAGCCGGUCAUGGCGUUGGGGGCCUCCCCUGCUGUGGUGGAGGAUGCUACUGUGGAAGAUACGGAUCGAGAGAAGACAUGUUUGUCUAUGUUGUUUGGGUACGGCAUCUGGGUCGGUGUAUGGGUUGGUGCCGAUACCAUUUGA